AUGUGGACAUAUGCGAGUGGAACGACUGAUGUCACAAUGACGAUCAUCAAUUUAAAAAUCGAAGAAUGGGUGGCCAUUGGCUUCUCAUUGGAUAAUUUAAUGGGACAAGAUCACGUGUUUUUCUGCCAGUAUCUUGCCAAUGGAACUGUUGCUGUAAAGAGGGCAUACAAUCCCGGGAAUCAUACGAGACCGAUCGACAUUCUAAAUUCAUCAGCUGGCGGCACAUUUAGUAGCGGGCAGACAAAAGUUGAAAACGGUGAAGUCACCUGUCAGUUCACAUUAUCGAACUUUGUAACAGAGCCACGAGCGAAACGUCAAGUUACAAGCACAAUAUUAUCACAAACACUAGAAUAUAUUCUGUUAAUCGCAAUUGGAGCUUUUUAUUCACCCAAUAAUAUGGUUACAUUAAUCAAAUUUGGUCAGCAAAGUCAGUCGGUCAGUACAAUGAGAAGACAUGAUCAGAGACAACCUCUUAGUUCAUCCGUAACACUUAAUCAACGACAAGAAAUCGUUUACAAUAUGAAUACAUCAUCACAAAUUUCCACUACACCUUCACCGACUAGUACCGUUAGUAUGGAUGCAAC